GGGCUGGGUCGGCGGAGCCCAGGGAGGCGCCGGGCAGCUCCCGGCUGCCCCCGGCCCCGAAGCCCCGUCGCGGGGAAAGGAGCGGGGGAGGUUUGGGGAGGACCCGCCGCGCAGGAGACGGGGUAGACCUUGGCUCUGCAUGUGCCCAGCUGGAGGGGGAGAUGACAACGCUAACACACCGAGGACGGCGUGCUGAGGCGGGAAGGAACUCGGACAAGAAGCCUGACAGCGAGGAAGAUGGGGCUGCGGACAGAAACCUGAAUGAUGAUGAUCCCGAUGACUCCAAAGACAUCCGCCUCACGCUCAUGGAGGAGGUGCUGCUCCUGGGGCUGAAGGACAAGGAGGGCUAUACCUCCUUCUGGAACGACUGCAUCUCUUCAGGCCUGCGGGGCGGCAUCCUCAUCGAGCUAGCUCUGCGCGGCCGGAUCCACCUGGAGCCGCUCUCCAUCAGGAAGAAGAGGCUGCUGGAAAGGAAGGUGCUCUUGAAGUCAGACACACCGACUGGUGAUGUCUUGCUGGAUGAGACCCUCCGACACAUCAAGGCCGUGGAGUCUGCGGAAACAGUGCAGACCUGGAUAGAGCUGCUCACUGGAGAGACCUGGAACCCCUUCAAGCUGCAGUACCAGCUGAGGAACGUGCGCGAGCGCAUUGCCAAGGCGCUGGUGGAGAAGGGCAUUCUCACCACAGAGAAGCAGAAUUUCCUGCUCUUCGACAUGACCACCCACCCUGUCAGCAACGCCACCGAGAAGCAGCGCUUGGUGAAGAAGCUCCAGGAGAGCAUGCUGGAGCGGUGGGUGAAUGACCCCCGCCGCAUGGACCGCAGGACUCUGGCUCUCCUGGUGCUGGCCCACUCCUCAGAUGUGCUGGAGAACGUUUUUGCCAGCCUGGCAGAUGACAAGUACGAUGUGGCAAUGAACAGGACCAAGGACCUCCUCGAUAUGGACCCCGAGGUGGAAGCAGCCAAAGCCAGGGGUGCAGAAAUGAUCUGGGCUGUCCUGGCAGCCUUCAAUAAGUCCUAAAAAUCCCCCAGACUUGCUAAACCAGAUGGGGAAGCCUCACCCCACCUUGAUGUGAGGCCAGGGGUAUUUGGGCGUGGAGUUCCUGCAGUAGUGGGUAGGCUCAGCGUGGGGAGACUGGGGGCGGGUUUCGCUCUCCCCCCCUGGGCAGGGGUGGGAGGGUGAGAGCCCACCUAUGUGGGCAGGUCGCACGCUCCUCCAUAGGCCAGUGCCUCCAGGGAGAGGUGGCAGUGGCUUGUCGCUCCCCUUCCAGUGCUCCUUGCCAGUGGGCUUCCUCCUUGGACCAGUGCAGAGCUGGGAGGUGGCAGAGCCCAGCCCUGCCUCUGCGUGCAGGAGCUGAGCUGCGUGGAUGGGCCAAACCCUGGCAGAAACAGGUCAAAUCCCAGCAGAAGUGGGACUGUGGCGCAGCCUGUGCUCCCCGUGUGCUCCUGGUGAGAUGGCUUGUCUGGCCACCUCCAUGGCUCCCUCUCCCACACCCAGGUCUUGCCUUUGCGCUGCCUGGGCAGCGCAGCUCCCCGUGCAGGGCACGCCAGCAUCCUCCUGGGGCAGGUACGGGCAGGGGAGCGGGCAGGGGAGCAGGCAGGGGGCUGGUCCGGGGGUGUCUGGCGGUUGGGGCCACCCCACAUGCCAGCUGGCAUGCGUAGCCAUUGAGGAGCAGCUCUGCAAAGACUGUGGAGCCCUGUCCCAGGCUGUUCCCAUUGCACACCUGCUCUUUCUAAGUAAGAGGAAAAGAUAAACGGUGAUUUUGGUUCUUUUUUUUUUUUUUACACACAUACCCCCACCCCGCCCACCCCCCUUCCUCCACCACUUUAAUGUCCUGUGGUUCAUUUUAAUGCAUUUCCCUGCAGCCCUA